ACGGGGUGAAAUUGGAAAAUGGAGGAGACCACAGAUCCCGACAAACCCAAACAACCCAAGCGAAAACAGAGGAAUCCUUCGGAAUGGAAACGCGAGAAAAGAAAACGUUCGAUCAUCGCCGGGGAAUCCCACAUCAGCGUGAAAGGUGAGCUCGUUCUGCCGAAAAAAAUCGGCGCGGACUGCAACUGCAAGUUGAAGUGCUACCAAAAGGUGGACGAAAACACCAGACAAAGACUGUUCAAGGGUUACUACUCGCUGAAGACGUACGACGAGCAGAACGCGUACCUGUUCGGCCUGAUAAAGAAGCAGGACGUGAAGCGGAAGAAGAACCUCGAGUCGGACAGGAGAACUUGCACGUACAAGUACCACGUACGCGACCAGGGGAAGGAGAUACAGGUCUGCAAGCUAGCCUUCGCCCACAUACACGCCGUCUCGUUUCGGAAGAUACGGACGCUGAGUGAGAAGCUCGACCAGAACAUCCUGUUCCCCAGAGACGGCCGCGGCAGACACAACAACCGCCCCACCAAAGUUUCCCCGACCACCAUCGAGAUGAUCAAGACCCACAUAUUCCAGGUGAUGAAGUCGAACGACCUGAAGAACUUCCUGAAAGAGGACAAAAACAAGCAGAUGACGCCCGAGUUGAACGUCGCCAAACUCCACACGCACUAUUUACAAAUGUACGAACCUGAAGCCAUAAACAUAGCCACUGGGCAGCCCAUCCCCGGCUACCAGCAGAAGGUGAAGAACUGGCUGUACCGCAAGGUGUUCCACGACGAGGUGCGGUCCAGGGACUUCCAGGUGCUGAAGAGGCGCCUGGAGGUGUUCGCGGAGGCGCCCCAGGGGCCGAAGGGCUCCGUCGCGGACCAGGCGGGCCUCAAGCUCGAGGCGGACGACAAGGCGGUCAAGAAGUCUCGGAGGAAAGGCACGGCCAAGAAGCUGGCCUUCGCCGAGCCCGUCUCCAUGGGCUACGCCACCGCGGAGGUGGACGCCAUCGGCCUGGAGUCCAUGUCCAGGUACGUGGACCCGUCGGUGACGAAGGCGGCGGAGACGCUCAGCAUGUUCCAGCAGAAGUCGGGGAUGCAGCAGAGCUGCUCUGUCCUGUUGUAG